CGUAUGUAUAGCUUAGUGCCUCGCAACCCUUCUGUCAUUUGCCGAUAAAUCGGUCAUUUAAUUUACGCUUACCCGACGGUUACCUUAUCUUUAAUCUUAUCUUGACCAAGCUGCUUGACAUCAUCUUAUCCACCCCACAUGGCGACAGCGGCAAGGACAGUGGACAUCAACGAAGAUGUCAUAAAGGCUCUCAGAAACUUUCGCUUCCAGCGUAGGAGUCAGGGAAACGCAGCAAUCGUCAUCAAGAUCAACAAGGCUACUCUUGUGAUGGUUGUAGACGAGGAGUAUGAUAAUAUUUCAAUCGAAGGCCUUGCCGAGGAGCUGCCCCAAAAUUCUCCUAGAUAUGUCGUGUUGUCAUAUGAACUCAAACACCGAGAUGGCAGGACAUCGUUCCCACUCGUGCUUAUCAACUGGGCUCCAUCGUCAUCCGAGACGACCAUGAUGACCUUGCAUGCCAGUGCUCUCCUUGACUUCCAAAGAGUCGCGGAAGCAAACAAGACUAUUGAAGUUCGAGAUGUAGAAGAUGGACUCACUAAGGAAAUUGUCGACAAUAAACUUCUCUCAUAA